AUGAUGGAUAACAUAACCAUUCCAGUGUCCCCGUCAUUCUUUGCCACAAUCGCUGCUGCACUACGAAUUGAGGCUACCAAUGUUGAGCAGUCAAUGGAUUCUAGAUCGGAACUUGACUCCCAUGCCAAUAUGAUUGUUGUUGGAUCCAAUUGUUUUGUUCUGAGUGAUACUGGACGGACUGCUUCUGUCAAUCCCUACAAUCCUGAAUAUGCUGCAAAGAGUAUCCCAAUCAUUGAUGCUGCCCUACUGCAGGAAUAUAUACUUGUGGUCCCAAAUGCUCUACAUGUACCUUAUAUGACCCACAACCUGAUUCCUCCAUUUAUUCUGCGAGAAAAAGGAAUCCAAGUAAACAAUACGCCAAAGAUCCAUUUGGCCGAUCCCUCUUCUGAUGACCAUGCAAUCAAGUUUGACGAGCAUCUACGCAUCCCAAUGAAGCUGCAUGGUACCUUCUCCUACUUUGUCACGAGAAAACCUACGGUUGAACAGCUCAAUGAUGCUGAUCCUAAUCAUGUCUACAUGAUGACACCAGAGGAGUUCGAUCCGCACAAAUCUUCCUAUGCACAGACUGAAGAUCAUCUUGUCAACUAUGAUGGUGAAGUCGCCGAUGCUCGGAACCGUUCCAAGCUUCUGAUUUCAGAUAUUGAAGAUGAUCCCACGAUGACUGUGUGUGCAAUAUCGAAUAUGAGAAUGGAAGAACAGACUCUUGUCAAUGAGUCCGUUCUAGAGGAGGAUGAUGCUGAUGAAGCCCCAUUGGGACAACCCUUCAAUGUCAACGUUGCCUCUAUCUCAAGCAUUUUCUGUGAGCGCACAUUGAGUCACCGUCUCUCCACUUGUCGUGAAGUUUUGUCUAUGAUGACGUCAUUGGGGUCAACACACGCCCAUGAAGAUGACACUGAUUUUCUGUUCAAAGACAUGGACGGUGAACUGGACUUCCAAGAGAUGUUGAGUGGAGAUGAUUUAUUCACCAAGAUUGCAGCUAUGGCUGACAGGAAGCAAGUUGAUCUUGAUGAAGUAAUGGCCUCUGUAACGUACGCCAAACCGUCAAAGGGAGUCCAAGCUGCUCACCUUGCAAAAAUAUGGAAAUUAGAUCUCCCGACGGCGGAACGAACCUUGCAAGCAACCACACAAAAGCGACGCCAUACUGACAACCCAAAGAUGGCCCGCAACUAUGGAACAAAUGAUCGAAUGCUACGCUACAAGAGGAUUAAUCAAUACUUCUUCAUGGACAAAUUCUUUGCUGCUAAGAAUGGUGGUCGAUCUACCUGA